UAGAAAAUGGCCGCCCGCAGUCGCUCACGCAUGUUCUCGUUCCAUAUUCUCGUCCGGCGCUCGAGCAGCCCGGAUCGAUUUGAAAUUCGAACACUGUUUUUCGAAAAAUUUAAUUUACCUAUGAAAAAUUAGAUUUCUUCAAAUUCGAAAAACAACGACUGGAAAGGCCAUAGACUGUAUAAUAUUUGCGAAAGCGCAAUUCGAAUUUCGUGUGUCAAAAAAAAAAAACGCGAGUGCCGGUGAAAAUGUGUGAUCAUUGUGUGCAACGGUGAUUUGGAUGUUAGUGCGUUACUCACGCAUGUGUUAUGCAUUUCAAGGGGAAUGUUGCGCUUCUACUGAAUUGUGAUCGCUGAGGAACUAAGCGGAAACCAAAAUGGCGGAAGCGGAAGGAGGGAGCGAACAAGAUGAUGUUUCGUUCUUACGUACGGAAGACAUGGUGUGCCUCUCGUGCACCGCCACCGGCGAGAGGGUGUGCCUGGCGGCCGAGGGUUUCGGAAACCGCCACUGUUUCCUGGAAAACAUCGCCGAUAAGAACAUACCGCCGGACCUGUCGCAAUGCGUCUUCGUCAUCGAACAGGCUCUGUCAGUGCGCGCACUUCAGGAGCUCGUCACGGCUGCCGGAUCGGAAACUGGUAAAGGCACUGGUUCUGGACACAGGACUUUGCUUUACGGCAACGCCAUUUUAUUGAGACAUUUGAACAGUGAUAUGUAUCUGGCAUGUCUGUCUACGUCAUCAUCUCAAGACAAAUUGGCGUUUGACGUCGGUCUUCAAGAACACUCACAAGGAGAAGCUUGCUGGUGGACUUUACAUCCAGCUAGUAAACAAAGGUCUGAGGGUGAAAAGGUCCGUGUUGGUGAUGAUUUAAUUUUGGUGUCUGUCGCUACGGAAAGAUAUUUGCACACGACGAAAGAGAACGAGGUGUCCAUAGUGAACGCGUCGUUUCACGUGACGCACUGGUCGGUGCAGCCGUACGGCACGGGCAUAUCGCGCGUCAAGUACGUCGGUUACGUGUUCGGGGGGGACGUGCUGAGGUUCUUUCAUGGCGGAGACGAGUGUCUCACUAUACCUAGUACGUGGGCGCGAGAGGGGACUCAAAAUAUCGUAGUCUACGAAGGUGGUUCGGUGAUGUCUCAAGCUCGUUCCUUAUGGCGUCUCGAAUUAGCCCGCACUAAAUGGGCUGGCGGGUUCAUCAACUGGUACCAUCCCAUGAGGAUCCGGCACAUCACCACGGGCCGCUACCUCGCCGUCAACGACCAGAAUGACCUAUAUCUGGUCACCAGAGAAGAAGCUACUACAGCAUCUUGCGCAUUCUGUCUUCGCCAAGAGAAAGAUGACCAGAAGGUGGUAUUAGAAGACAAGGACUUGGAAGUGAUCGGCGCGCCGAUCAUCAAAUAUGGCGACUCCACCGUCAUAGUGCAACAUUCUGAGACCGGCUUGUGGUUGUCUUAUAAGUCUUACGAGACGAAGAAGAAAGGCGUGGGUAAAGUGGAAGAGAAACAAGCCAUCCUCCACGAGGAAGGCAAGAUGGACGACGGAUUGGACUUCUCCCGUUCUCAAGAGGAGGAGUCGCGCACCGCCAGGGUCAUUAGGAAGUGUUCCUCACUGUUCACCAAGUUCAUCAAUGGUCUGGAGACGUUACAAGAGAAUAGGCGUCACUCUAUGUUCUUCGCUUCCGUUAAUCUUGGAGAAAUGGUGAUGUGCCUCGAAGAUCUCAUCAACUACUUCGCACAACCUGACGAGGAUAUGGAACACGAAGAGAAACAGAACAAGUUCCGCGCCCUCCGCAACCGUCAAGACUUAUUCCAGGAAGAAGGAAUCUUGAACCUAAUCCUGGAAGCCAUCGACAAAAUCAACGUCAUCACUUCUCAGGGCUUUCUAGCAGGAUUCCUGGCUGGAGACGAGUCUGGACAGAGCUGGGAUAUGAUAUCUGGUUAUCUGUACCAGUUGCUAGCGGCGAUAAUAAAGGGCAACCAUACUAACUGCGCCCAAUUCGCCAAUUCCAACCGUCUCAACUGGCUGUUCUCUAGACUCGGUUCUCAAGCUUCCGGCGAGGGGACGGGGAUGUUAGACGUACUACACUGCGUGCUUAUAGACUCACCUGAAGCGCUCAACAUGAUGAGGGAUGAACACAUCAAAGUCAUCAUAUCGCUUCUUGAAAAGCAUGGCCGCGACCCUAAAGUUCUGGACGUUUUAUGCUCUCUAUGCGUCGGUAAUGGUGUGGCUGUGAGAUCUUCACAGAACAAUAUCUGCGAUUAUCUGUUGCCUGGGAAGAAUCUACUGCUACAAACUCAACUUGUGGACCACGUGUCGAGCGUUCGACCAAACAUCUUCGUGGGUAGAGUGGAAGGAUCGGCUGUGUACCAGAAAUGGUACUUCGAAGUGACCAUGGACCAUAUAGAGAAAACCACUCAUAUGAUGCCACAUCUGCGAAUCGGAUGGGCUAACACUUCUGGAUACGUGCCGUACCCCGGCGGGGGGGAGAAAUGGGGAGGGAACGGAGUGGGGGACGACCUGUACUCGUUUGGGUACGACGGUGCCUUCCUCUGGGCCGGCGGAAGGAAAACGCCCGUUAAUAGGACGCAUGCAGACGAGCCGUAUAUAAGGAAAGGUGACGUCAUCGGAUGCGCUCUAGACUUGACAGUGCCGAUUAUCAACUUUAUGUUCAACGGCGUAAGGGUCACCGGAUCCUUCACCAAUUUCAACUUGGAGGGCAUGUUCUUCCCUGUCAUCAGCUGUUCCAGCAAACUGAGCUGUCGUUUCCUCCUUGGAGGGGAACACGGUCGUCUCCGCUACGCCGCCCCUGAAGGCUACUCCCCCCUGGUGGAAUCUCUCCUGCCUCAGCAGAUCCUGAGCUUGGAACCUUGCUUCUACUUCGGCAACUUGGCUAAGAGGGCAUUAGCUGGACCACCUCUGGUGCAAGAUGAUACUGCUUUCGUACCGACGCCGGUCGAUACGUUACAGAUUACUCUACCUUCGUAUGUCGAACAAAUUCGGGACAAGCUUGCUGAAAAUAUCCACGAAAUGUGGGCAAUGAAUAAGAUUGAAGCAGGCUGGAUGUACGGAGACCAAAGAGAAGAUCUACACAAAAUCCACCCUUGCUUGGUUCCCUUUGAGCGACUGCCACCCGCUGAGAAGAGAUAUGAUAUACAACUAGCCGUGCAGACGCUCAAGACGAUCCUGGCACUGGGCUACUACAUUAGCUUGGACAAACCUCCAGCGCGCAUCCGCAACGUGCGCCUUCCCAACGAACCUUUCAUGCAAUCGAACGGGUACAAGCCAGCACCUCUAGACCUGAGUGCUGUCACCCUAACACCGAAGAUGGAUGAGCUUGUCGACCAGUUGGCCGAGAACACUCACAAUCUUUGGGCCAGGGAACGCAUCCAGCAAGGGUGGACUUAUGGACUCAAUGAGGACCCAGAAAUGCACCGGUCACCGCAUUUGGUGCCGUACCCAAAAGUGGACGAUGCCAUCAAGAAAGCGAACCGGGACACGGCAUCGGAGACCGUCAGGACUUUACUGGUUUACGGGUAUAAUUUGGAUCCGCCAACUGGAGAACAGCAUGAAGCUUUACUGUUGGAGGCGUCGAAACAGAAGCAAGCAGACUUCAGAACGUACAGAGCGGAGAAGAACUACGCCGUCAGCUCGGGCAAAUGGUACUUUGAGUUCGAAAUACUCACCACUGGGCCGAUGAGGGUUGGUUGGGCUCACGCAGACAUGGCCCCUGGAAUGAUGUUAGGACAAGAUGAAAACUCGUGGGCUUUCGAUGGAUACAAUGAGGAAAAAGUGUACAGCGGUAGCACAGAAUCAUUCGGGAAGCAGUGGGCGGUCGGCGACGUAGUCGGGGUCUUCCUAGACUUGAUAGAUAAGACGAUAAGUUUCUCUCUAAACGGUGAACUAUUGAUGGACGCUUUGGGUGGUGAAACAACAUUCGCCGAUGUGCAAGGAGACAAUUUUGUACCCGCCUGUACCCUUGGUGUGGGCCAAAAAGCUAGGCUGACAUAUGGACAAGAUGUGAACACUCUUAAAUAUUUCACGACGUGUGGUCUCCAAGAAGGUUACGAACCUUUCUGCGUGAACAUGAAGAGGGAUGUAACCCACUGGUAUACAAAAGAUCAGCCCAUCUUCGAAAACACUGACGAGAUGCUGGACACUAGAAUAGAUGUCACCAGGAUACCAGCAGGCUCAGAGACCCCGCCGUGUAUGAAAAUAUCACACAACACAUUCGAGACUAUGGAGAAGGCCAACUGGGAAUUCCUCCGUUUGUCUCUACCUGUGAUAUGUCAUGCUGAAUUCAUUAGUGAACAAGUAAAAGCUAGAAGAUGGGUGGAGAUCAAAGAGAGACAGCAGAUGCUUAUGAAAGAGGCAACGGAAGCCCAGAUGCCAGCACAUAUAGAUCAGAUCAUGAGGAGUGGAUUCACUAUGAAUGAUAUCAAAGGUCUCCACUACGAAGAGAAUCAAGAAGACGUGAGCAAGAUGAAGAGGCAACCGUCGCGACCACCGCGUAAGGGUUCCGUCACACGAGGUGUUACCUUACAGGGUUACGGACAAGGCCAACUGAAUGGUAUGCACCGUUCCACCAGUGAAGCGGAGAUGUCGAAAUACGAGUUGGGUGUGCAGAACUUGCCUGAUGAAAAGAAAGAAAAGAGAGGAAGAUCGCCUUUCAAGUUCUUCAAAAGCAAGCGCGGCGAGAGCGGCGACCGCGCAAAGUCCCGAAAGUCUAAAACCCCCGACCCCUUCAGCGACCCCGAGCUGUCCCCCGACCGCGGGCCUGCGGUACGGAGGAUGCCCAAUCCCCAGAUCAGGGUCUCACAGGCGAAUCAGAAUUAUAACAGCAUGCUACCCCGAACUAGUAAACCCAAUUUGUACGGCAGCCAAGCUGGUCUAAACACCAAUCUACAGAUGCAGACACCUACGCAAGACCGGAAGCAGAUGACUACCAGCACACUAGCCGCGGCUACAACGGAGACCGUGGGCAACGAGAUCUUCGAUGCUGAAUGCUUGAAGCUCAUCAACGAGUAUUUCUAUGGAGUCAGAAUAUUCCCCGGCCAGGAUCCAACGCACGUGUACAUAGGAUGGGUGACCACGCAAUACCACCUGCACUCGAAGGACUUCAACCAGAACAAGGUCAUGAAGUCAUCCGUCAUCAUCACCGAUGACUAUGAUAGAGUAGUUGAGAGCGUAAACCGCCAGUCUUGCUACAUGGUUCGCGCGGACGAAUUGUACAACGAAGUGAUGGCAGAAGCGGCCGGUGCCAAAGGCGCCUCGCAGGGGAUGUUCAUCGGAUGCUCCGUCGACACCAGCACCGGGACAGUAGCCUUCACGUGCGAGGGGAAGGAUACCACCAUACGGUUCAAGAUGGAACCUGAAACGAAACUGUUCCCUGCCAUCUUCGUAGAAGCCACAUCUCGUGAAAUACUCCAGAUAGAAUUGGGCAGAUCUUCUACCAGCCUCCCUCUAAGUGCAGCCGUAUUACCGACAAGCGAUAAACAUGUGAACCCCCAGUUCCCGCCAAGAUUGAAAGUGCAGUGCUUGAAACCUCAUCAGUGGGCUAGGGUUCCAAAUCAAUCGCUGCAAGUGCAUGCUUUAAAACUCUCCGACAUCCGAGGUUGGUCGAUGCUCUGUGAAGAUGCAGUGUCGAUGUUGGCUCUCCAUAUACCGGAGGAAGAUCGUUGCAUAGACAUCCUGGAGUUAAUUGAGAUGGACAAAUUACUCAGUUUCCAUUCGCAUACAUUAACAUUGUACGCUGCGUUGUGUUAUCAGAGCAAUUACAGGGCUGCUCAUGCUUUAUGCCAGCAUGUGGACCAGAAACAGUUACUGUAUGCCAUCCAGUCGCAGUACAUGUCAGGCCCUCUACGUCAAGGGUUCUACGAUCUCCUCAUAGCUCUGCAUCUAGAGUCACAUGCUACAACCAUGGAGGUAUGCAAGAAUGAAUUCGUGAUCCCCCUCGGGCCAGAACUGAAGAGUUUGUACGAAGAACCGAAGAUGGGCCACAGUCUGCGAUCCUUGCAGACCGAGAGUGUGAGGCCACAGAUGAAGAUGACUGACAUCGCUGAAAGCAUCACAGACAUAAGCAACCUAUACUCCCCGUACUUCCCCCUGGAGGUGGUACGUGAGUUCGUAAUGCAAGCUUUGGCCGACGCUGUCCAUACAAACCAAGUUCACAAUAGGGACCCAGUGGGAGGCAGCAAUGAGAAUUUAUUCCUGCCGCUCAUCAAACUAGUAGACCGUCUACUCCUGGUCGGCAUGAUGCGGGAUGAAGAUGUAGAAAAGCUGCUCAUCAUGACCAACCCUGAGACUUGGGACCCCACCUUCGAUAAAGAAGGCAAAGAUGAGCACCGCAAAGGCCUCCUCCACAUGAAAAUGGCUGAAGGCGCUAAACUUCAAAUGUGCUACUUACUUCAACAUCUCAACGACAUACAGCUGCGGCAUCGGGUGGAAUCGAUUAUCGCCUUCGCUCAUGACUUCGUGGGAGAUCUUCAGACCGAUCAACUCAGACGCUAUACUGAAAUCAAGCAGUCUGAUUUGCCGAGCGCCGUAGCCGCUAAGAAGACCAGGGAGUUCCGAUGUCCUCCACGAGAACAGAUGAAUGCUAUACUCAGUUUCAAGCACCUAGAAGACGAGGACAAGGAGAACUGCCCGUGCGGCGAGGAGUUGAUAGCCCGCAUGAACGACUUCCAUGAAUCCUUGAUGGUCCACGUGUCCCUGACAGCUCUGCAGGAGACCGACCUGGGUGAUCAAAAUGAACCUGAAACUAAACCUGGAGCGUUUGGCAAGUUGUACAACAUUAUCAACACCGUCAAGGAGCUAGAGGAAGAACCAAAGGCCAUUGAAGAACCACCUAAGAAAAGCCCCGAGGAAAAGUUCCGUAAAGUUUUGAUUCAAACUAUCGUCAGUUGGGCGGAAGAAUCGCAAAUCGAAACGCCAAAACUAGUCAGAGAGAUGUUCAGUCUACUAGUCCGUCAAUACGACGCGGUAGGCGAGCUAAUUCGCGCCUUAGAGAAGACCUACGUGAUUAACGCGAAGACCAAACUGGAUGUGGCAGAGAUGUGGGUGGGAUUAAGCCAGAUCCGAGCCUUGCUGCCCGUGCAGAUGAGUCAAGAGGAAGAAGAGCUCAUGAGGAACCGACUCUGGAAGCUGGUCAACAACCAUACGUUCUUCCAGCACCCAGACUUAAUACGAGUGUUGCGCGUCCACGAGAACGUAAUGGCGGUGAUGAUGAAUACGUUGGGACGACGUGCGCAGGCGCAGAGCGACGCUGCUCCAAAUGCACCCCAACCCACCGACGAUAAGGAGAAGGACACAUCCCACGAAAUGGUGGUAGCCUGCUGUCGUUUCCUGUGCUACUUCUGCCGCACAGGCCGCCAGAAUCAGAAAGCCAUGUUCGACCAUUUCGACUUCCUACUGGAGAACUCCAACAUCCUGCUGUCCAGACCCUCGCUGCGGGGAUCCACACCUCUGGACGUGGCUUAUUCCAGUUUGAUGGAGAACACGGAACUGGCUUUGGCUUUGAGAGAGCACUACUUAGAGAAGAUAGCGGUGUAUUUAUCACGCUGCGGACUGCAGAGCAACUCUGAACUAGUGGAGAAAGGAUAUCCUGAUUUGGGCUGGGACCCCGUGGAAGGGGAACGGUAUUUGGACUUCCUACGGUUCUGUGUUUGGGUGAACGGAGAGAGCGUAGAAGAGAACGCUAACUUGGUGAUUCGGUUACUGAUCCGAAGGCCUGAGUGCCUCGGGCCUGCUUUAAGGGGGGAGGGAGAAGGCUUGCUGAAAGCCAUAGUAGAUGCCAACAAGAUGAGCGAAAGGAUUGCUGAUAGGACGAAACUUAGGGAGAUGGAGCAGGAGGGAGAUGUUAAUUUCCACCACCCCUUACCUGAGUCUGAUGAAGAUGAGGAUUAUAUCGACACCGGCGCCGCCAUCUUGAACUUCUACUGUACUCUCGUCGAUCUCCUUGGAAGAUGUGCCCCUGAAGCUAGCGUUAUUGCUCUGGGCAAGAACGAAUCACUAAGAGCUCGAGCCAUUCUCCGUUCCCUGGUGCCUCUAGAAGAUCUGCAGGGAGUUCUGAGUCUCCGCUUCACCCUGAACAACCCUGCUGCUGGGGAGGAAAGGCCGAAAUCGGAUAUGCCAUCCGGCCUCAUCCCGGGUCACAAGCAAAGCGUGGGAUUGUUCCUGGAGAGAGUAUACGGCAUUGAAACUCAAGAGUUGUUCUAUAGGCUUCUUGAAGAAGCUUUCCUGCCAGAUCUUAGAGCGGCUACAAUGUUGGAUAGGAACGACGGCUGCGAAUCCGACAUGGCCUUAUCAAUGAACCGUUACAUCGGCAACUCUAUAUUGCCUCUUCUCAUCAAGCACGCCUACUUCUACAACGAGGCGGAGAACUACGCUAGUCUAUUAGACGCUACUCUGCAUACUGUUUACAGGUUGUCCAAGAACCGCAUGCUGACUAAAGGGCAGCGCGAAGCAGUAUCAGACUUCCUGGUAGCUCUCACUUCGGCCAUGCAGCCUUCCAUGCUGCUCAAACUGCUCAGGAAACUGACUGUGGACGUGUCUAGAUUGUCGGAGUAUACCACUGUGGCUUUGAGGUUGCUAACCCUGCACUACGAGCGUUGCGCCAAGUACUACGGCAGCACGGGCGGGCAGGGUAUAUACGGCGCCUCCUCUGAUGAAGAGAAGCGCCUCACCAUGAUGCUGUUCUCUAAUAUCUUCGACUCUCUCAGCAAGAUGGAUUAUGAACCUGAGCUGUUCGGGAAAGCCUUGCCCUGCUUGAUAGCCAUUGGUUGUGCUCUCCCUCCCGACUAUUCGCUGUCGAAGAACUACGACGACGAAUUCUACGCUAAAGAAACAAAUUCCAGUGGUGGUCCAGACAACCCACAAUACGACCCUCAGCCCAUCAAUACGUCUUCAGUGGCCCUUAACAACGACCUGAACACUAUCGUCCAGAAGUUCUCUGAGCACUAUCACGAUGCUUGGGCUUCGAGGAAAAUUGAGAACGGUUGGGUGUAUGGCGAAUCGUGGUCUGACAGUCAGAAGUCUCAUCCGAGGUUGAAACCCUACAAUAUGCUGAAUGACUAUGAGAAGGAACGCUACAAGGAACCAGUGAGAGAAUCUCUAAAGGCUCUACUCGCCAUCGGAUGGUCCGUCGAGCAUUCUGAAGUGGACAUCCCUUCCACCAACCGCAGUUCAAUGCGGAGGCAGUCCAAGUCGGGGGGCCGACCACCUGAAAUCGUGACGGACUCUGCAACUCCAUUCAACUACAACCCUCACCCAGUGGACAUGACCAACUUGACUUUGUCGAGAGAAAUGCAAAACAUGGCAGAGAGAUUGGCUGAAAACGCACACGACAUCUGGGCAAAGAAGAAGAAGGAAGAACUGGUCACAAACGGGGGUGGUAUCCAUCCACAACUCGUGCCCUACGACCUCCUUACUGACAAAGAGAAGAAGAAAGACCGAGAACGUUCUCAGGAAUUCCUCAAAUACCUCCAAUACCAAGGUUACAAACUGCACAGGCCUAGUAAAGCUUCGCAAGUUGAUACAGAACAGACCACUACGGGCGUAGCAAUAGAGCUCAGAUUCGCGUACUCGCUCUUGGAGAAACUGAUUCAGUAUAUAGAUAGAGCAACUAUAAAUAUGAAACUUUUGAAGCCAUCCACUACUUUCAGUAGACGCAGCAGCUUCAAGACUAGUACGAGAGAUAUCAAAUUCUUCUCCAAGGUGGUGCUACCUCUGAUGGAGAAAUAUUUCUCCACUCAUCGCAAUUACUUCAUAGCUGUAGCGACGGCAACUAACAACAUCGGAGCAGCCAGUCUUAAGGAAAAGGAAAUGGUGGCGGCACUGUUCUGCAAGCUUGCGAGUUUGUUAAGAUCGCGUCUAGCAGCGUUCGGUCCAGACGUGAGGAUCACAGUCCGCUGUCUCCAAGUUCUGGUGAAGGGCAUCGACGCCAAGUCUCUGGUGAAGAAUUGCCCCGAGUUCAUACGCACAUCCAUGCUGACGUUCUUCAACAAUGUGGCCGAUGAUUUGGGACAUACGAUAUUGAAUUUGCAAGAGGGUAAAUACGCACAUCUCCGAGGCACACACCUGAAGACGUCCACUUCGUUGGGGUACAUCAACGGGGUGUUGCUGCCGAUACUCACCGCAAUGUUCGACCAUCUGGCCAACUGUGAAUAUGGCGCCGAUUUGCUAUUGGACGAGAUACAAGUGGCUUCAUACAAGAUGCUAGGCUCCUUGUAUACUCUCGGCACAGACGUCACGCUGACACACGACAGGAAAUACCUCAAAACGGAGAUCGAGAGGAACAAACCGGCGUUGGGUUCAUGUUUGGGUGCAUUCAGCUCUACAUUCCCUGUGGCGUUCUUGGAGCCGCAUUUGAACAAACAUAAUCAGUUCUCGCUUCUGAACCGCAUCGCUGACCACUCGCUGGAAGCACAAGAUAUAAUGGCGAAAAUGGAACAAUCCAUGCCUACAUUGGAGACGAUCUUGAGCGAAGUAGACCAAUUCGUGGAAUCAGACAAGACUUACAACGAAGCCCCUUACAUUAUCGACGUGAUUUUACCUCUUCUAUGCUCUUAUCUUCCGUUCUGGUGGGCGCAGGGGCCUGACAAUGUUACGCCUACAGCCGGCAACCACGUUACCAUGGUAACGGCGGAACACAUGAACCAACUCCUGAAAAACGUUCUAAAACUCAUCAAGAAGAACAUUGGCAACGAAAGUGCCCCCUGGAUGACUCGAAUAGCCACUUACACUCAGCAGAUCAUCAUUAACAGUUCCGAGGAGUUACUAAGAGAUUCCUUCUUACCGCUAGCGGAGAGAGUGAGAAAGAGAACCGAUAAUAUGUUCCAUAAGGAGGAGAGCUUGAGAGGAUUCAUUAAGUCGUCGACAGAUGACACUUCCCAAGUGGAAUCUCAAAUACAAGAGGACUGGCAGCUUUUGGUCAGAGAUAUAUACUCGUUCUACCCGCUGCUUAUCAAGUAUGUGGACCUUCAAAGAAACCAUUGGUUGAGGAACAAUAUCAAUGAGGCCGAAGAGCUUUACAACCACGUUGCGGAAAUCUUCAAUAUCUGGUCCAAGAGCCAGUACUUCCUGAAAGAAGAACAAAACUUCAUUUCGGCCAACGAAAUCGAUAAUAUGGUGCUAAUAAUGCCAACGGCAACUCGCCGAGUCACAACAGUAGUUGAUGGAGCGCCACAAGGAGGCGGAAAGAAAAAGAAGAAACAUCGUGACAAGAAACGCGACAAAGACAAGGAGGUGCAGGCGUCGUUGAUGGUGGCCUGCUUGAAGAGAUUACUGCCAGUUGGGUUGAAUCUGUUCGCGGGGAGAGAGCAAGAAUUGGUGCAACAUUGCAAGGAUCGAUUCCUGAAGAAAAUGACUGAACAAGACGUGUCAGAGUUCGCCAAGACUCAGCUCACUCUCCCGGACAAGAUCGAUCCAGCUGAUGAGAUGUCCUGGCAACAUUACUUGUACAGCAAACUGGGAUCCAAGUCUAAGACCAACAUCACGAUUGAAACUGCUGAGAAUAAAGCGAAGAUCAUCGAUGAUACGGUGGAAAGGAUAGUGGCGAUGAGCAAAGUAUUGUUCGGGUUACAUAUGAUCGACCAUCCUCAACAAAUGUUUAAGAACGUAUAUCGCUCAGUGGUAUCGAUACAGAGGAAGAGAGCUGUCAUAGCGUGCUUCAGGCAAACCUCUCUGCAUUCAUUGCCAAGGCAUCGAGCGUGUAACAUAUUCGCGCGAACAUACUACGAGCUUUGGUUGGAAGAAGAGAAUGUUGGGCAAGAAGUGAUGAUAGAAGACUUAACUCAAUCGUUCGAAGACGCCGAGUUGAAGAAGAGCGACGUGGUAGAAGAGGAAGGAAAACCUGACCCUCUCACUCAGCUGGUCACCACCUUCUGUCGCGGCGCCAUGACAGAACGAUCCGGGGCGUUACAGGAGGACCUACUAUAUAUGUCGUACGCAAACAUAAUCGCCAGGUCGUGUGGAGAAGAGGAAGAAGAGGGCGGCGGGGAAGAGGAAGAGGGCGGUGGCGAAUUGGAGGGCGAGGAAGAAGGAAGAGCAAGCAUCCAUGAGCAAGAAAUGGAAAAGCAAAAACUUCUAUUCCACCAAGCGCGUCUCGCCGAUCGUGGCGUCGCCGAGAUGGUGCUACUGCAUAUAUCAGCUUCUAAGGGCGUGCCCAGCGAGAUGGUGAUGAAGACCCUGGAGCUGGGCAUCUCUAUACUGAGGGGCGGCAAUAUUGAUAUACAGAUGGGCAUGCUGAAUCACCUCAAAGAUAAGAAGGACGUAGGGUUCUUCACUUCGAUAGCUGGACUCAUGAACUCCUGCUCAGUGCUUGACUUGGACGCCUUCGAGAGAAACACUAAGGCUGAAGGCCUGGGCGUGGGUUUAGAAGGUGCGGCUGGGGAGAAGAAUAUGCAUGACGCAGAGUUCACAUGUGCCUUGUUCCGGUUCAUACAACUCACUUGCGAGGGGCACAAUUUGGAAUGGCAAAACUACCUCCGCACGCAGGCGGGUAACACGACCACUGUAAAUGUGGUGAUCUGCACCGUGGACUAUCUGCUGAGACUACAGGAGUCCAUUAUGGACUUCUACUGGCAUUACUCCAGCAAGGAACUGAUAGACCCGGCGGGCAAGGCUAAUUUCUUCAAGGCGAUCGGGGUCGCGUCUCAAGUGUUCAACACUCUAACUGAAGUUAUACAGGGGCCUUGCACACAGAACCAACAGGCUUUGGCUCAUUCCAGAUUGUGGGACGCAGUAGGCGGUUUCCUCUUCCUGUUCUCACACAUGCAAGACAAGUUAUCCAAGCACUCUUCCCAAGUAGACCUGCUGAAGGAACUGCUCAACUUGCAGAAGGACAUGAUCACUAUGAUGCUGUCCAUGUUGGAAGGGAAUGUCGUUAAUGGCACCAUCGGCAAACAGAUGGUAGACACCCUCGUAGAGUCUGCUUCCAACGUGGAAUUGAUCCUGAAAUACUUCGACAUGUUCCUGAAGCUUAAGGACCUCACGUCUAGCGCCAGUUUCCAGGAAAUUGAUGCCAAUAACGAUGGAUGGGUCCUACCCAAAGAUUUUAAAGAGAAGAUGGAGCAACAGAAGAGUUAUACACCCGAGGAGAUAGAGUUCCUGUUGGCAUGCUGCGAGACCAACCACGAUGGAAAGUUGGACUAUAUCGGCUUCUGCGAUCGCUUCCACGAGCCCGCCAAGGAGAUCGGCUUCAAUCUGGCUGUUUUACUCACCAAUCUGUCGGAACAUAUGCCCAAUGAGCCCAGAUUGGCCCGCUUCCUGGAAACCGCUGGGUCAGUCCUCAACUACUUCGAACCGUUUUUGGGCCGCAUCGAGAUCAUGGGCGGCUCUAAACGCAUAGAAAGAGUAUACUUCGAGAUCAAGGAGUCAAACAUCGAGCAGUGGGAGAAGCCUCAGAUUAAGGAAUCCAAACGCGCAUUCUUCUAUAGCAUCGUAACCGAAGGCGGCGACAAGGAAAAACUGGAAGCCUUCGUAAACUUCUGCGAAGACGCGAUCUUCGAGAUGACCCACGCUUCGAGCCUGAUGGCCGCUUCCGAGGAGGCUGCGGGAGGACCCAAGAACAGGGAGGCCAGCUACAUGUACAUGGGAGACGAUGAUGACGACAGAGCUGGCAAGGAUCCGUUCCGUCGAGGUUUGCAGUCGGUGAAGGAAGGGAUAUCCGCAGCAUUUUCGUCCUUAUCUCCUUCCAACAUAAAGCAGAAAAUCGCAGACAUGCAGCAAAUGCCACCGGCUGACUUAGCCGUAGGAUUCUUCAAGAUGUUCUUCUAUCUCUUCUACUAUUUGGGAUACGGUGUGCUUGUCGUCGUUAGGUACAUAUUCGGCGUUCUACUCGGGUUGAUGCGAGGACCGCAGACGGAGGAACCGCCUCCAGAACCCACUGAGGAGGAGAAAAUCGGUCAGUUGAGACACAGGUUGCUCGCGAACACAAGUCCCACGAGACAUUUGCCUGCUUUACCACCAGCAGAUGACACGGGACAGCUGCAAGUGCAAGCCUUCGGUCUGGACAUCACUAAAGAAGACAACGGCCAACUACAAGUGAAACCGCACGAGUCCCCUAGCACUUCGACUCCAUCAUCAGGCGAGGAAGCUGACGCUUCAUUGGAAGAAGGAACCGACCACGCCGAGGAACAACGACCGCCCUCACUCAUAGACCUGCUGGGCGGUGAACAAGCGAAGAAGCAAGCUCAAGAACGAAUGGAAGCUCAAGCUGUACAACAAGCUGCCAUGUCUGCCAUCGAAGCGGAGAGCAAAAAGGCGGUCCAAGGGCCAGCACCCUCUGCACUCUCCCAAGUAGAUCUGUCUCAGUACACGAAGCGCGCCGUCUCUUUCUUGGCGCGAAACUUCUACAACCUGAAGUACGUCGCGUUAGUGCUCGCCUUCUGCAUCAACUUCGUACUGCUGUUUUAUAAGGUUUCGUCUUUGGACAGCGAAGAUGGCGACGGCUCUGGAGUCGGUGACAUUAUCGGUGGCUCUGGCUCUGGUUCUGGCUCUGGUAGUGGGGAUGGUGGAAGCGGCGAAUCUGCCGAAGAUGAUGAUAGUCUCGAAGUGGUUCACAUAGACGAGGACUUCUUCUACAUGGAGCACGUGAUCAAGGUGGCUGCCUUGCUGCAUUCUAUCGUGUCUCUGGCCAUACUCAUAGGAUACUAUCAUCUCAAGGUGCCUUUAGCCAUCUUCAAACGUGAGAAAGAGAUAGCACGCAGGCUUGAGUUCGACGGUCUCUAUAUAGCUGAACAGCCGGAAGAUGACGACCUUAAAAGUCACUGGGAUAAACUCGUCAUAUCCGCCAAGUCGUUCCCUGUGAACUACUGGGAUAAGUUUGUCAAAAAGAAAGUUCGCGCCAAAUAUUCGGAAACUUACGACUUCGACUCCAUCUCCAACAUGCUGGGGAUGGAGAAGACUUCGUUCUCGGCACAAGAAGACGAGGGAAGCAAAGGAUUGUUGCAAUUCAUAAUGACCAUAGACUGGCGUUACCAAGUGUGGAAGGCAGGCGUCACGAUCACAGACAACUCGUUCCUCUACUCUCUAUGGUACUUCUCGUUCUCUGUCAUGGGCAACUUCAACAACUUCUUCUUCGCCGCCCAUUUACUAGACGUCGCUGUGGGAUUCAAGACCUUGAGGACCAUAUUGCAGUCUGUCACCCAUAAUGGGAAACAGUUGGUGCUCACUGUGAUGUUACUGACCAUCAUAGUGUACAUAUACACGGUGAUAGCGUUCAACUUCUUCCGCAAGUUUUACGUUCAGGAGGAGGACGACGAAGUCAACAAGAACUGCCACGACAUGCUCUCGUGCUUCGUAUUCAACUUAUACAAAGGAGUACGAGCCGGCGGCGGCAUAGGAGAUGAAUUAGAGCCCCCAGACGGUGACGAUUCCGAAGUGUAUCGCAUUAUAUUCGAUAUUAGCUUCUUCUUCUUCAUCAUCGUCAUCUUGCUGGCCAUCUUACAAGGUUUGAUCAUCGACGCAUUCGGUGAGCUCCGUGACCAGCUGGAAUCGGUGAAAGAAGACAUGGAGUCCAACUGCUUCAUAUGCGGCAUCAACAAGGACUACUUUGAUAAGGUUCCGCACGGUUUUGACACGCACGUGGCUCGAGAACACAAUUUAGCUAACUACAUGUUCUUCCUUAUGCAUCUCAUCAACAAACCCGACACGGAAUAUACAGGUCAAGAAACAUACGUGUGGAACAUGUAUACGCAGCGGUGCUGGGACUUCUUCCCGGUGGGAGACUGCUUCCGGAAACAAUAUGAAGAUGUCAUGGGAGAGUAGUGGAAUCAAUGUACCAUCUACCGCUUUCAUUGAGAUUCAACGGAGAUUUAAAUUCAUUAUAUUCUUAAACUCUUUUAAAUAUUGCAUUUUUUUUCACAACAUACCGUGAUUAUCAUUAAAAAUACCAUAGACAUAUAAAAAGUAAAAUAAUAAAAAUGGUUAUAUUAAUAACUUAAUUAUUAUUAUAUUUGGGUAUUAACCCAAAAUCAUUUCCACUUUUUUUUUAUUUAAGUUUAAAGUACAAUAGCUAUUUUGUUACUUUCAAAUAUCGAUAUAUCAAUACUCAGUCACAUCACUAGGAAACUCUAAUGGAAUAUUUAGUUAGGUACCCAUAAACAUUUUUCAGGAUUUCUUUAGGAAAACUGACAGAAAUUCUAUUGGAUACAAAGAAAGCCAUAUCCUAUUUGUUUUUAAUAUCUCAUUUUUUGUCAUGUUAUACUUUAUUCCGUUAAAUCUCAAUAUGGUCGUCAUAGUGUUCACUAGAAUUUAAUAAUACCUAUUUAUGAGAAAAAAAUGAUCUUGCUUUAUUAUACGGAAUUCGCUGCUCAAAUAUUUAACACCAAAGAAUAUGACUUGAUAAUUAAAUGAUUGUAAAAAAGUUCAAAUUUAUGUACAAACUUGAUGUGUGGUGUGUAUGUAAGAAUGAAAAUUUCGCUUCUGCCAUUUUCAAAUGGAGCGUUGUAAAAAAUAAAAUAUAAAAAAUGUAUUACCAUGUAUUUAUAGCUUAAUUACUUAUCAAGAUAUUAUGUCUUUAAGAUGAAGGUAAAGCUCUCUUUGUUCACACGCAAGAAAGAGACAAAUAUAUUAAAAUCACUCAUUACUUUUACCGUUUUUCUAUCUCUUUCGCUCAGAUUAAACAGCUGUAUUUUUUAUCAAGUAAUUUCCACAGAUUUGGUUUAAAUUUACCAAAA